AUGGCGGCUAUGGCAUCUAUUCCAGAAGUCUCGCAGAGUAGUGCCUUCGACCCUGGAAUAUGCCAAACUGGUGAGUUUGAGGCCAUUUCUACUUGGCUCUGUUUGUCAAUUGUGCAGCUGAGUUUAACGACACAAUGGGCACGCCCGUCGCUCUCAACCUGGCGGACGGAUGCCUCUGUCGCCGUCAACGCCAUCUUGACCUCCGCCUUCUUUCUCUUCUGCCUCCUCUCUUAUGCAGAGCACAACUUCUCUACCCCACCUUCCUUUCUUCUCAACAUCUACCUUUUCGUCACUCUUCUCUUUGACAUCGCAAAGACAAGGACACUUUGGCUUCGGCAAACUGGCGGGACCACCGAGACCAUUGCGGUCCUAACAACUAUUACUGUGACCCUCAAACUCUUCCUUCUUUGCCUCGAGUCGUCCAACAAACGUUCGAUACUCCGCGAUGGGCACAAGGCCUACCCACCAGAAGCGACAGCGGGAAUUUUCAACCGGAUCUCCUUCUGGUGGUUGAACCCUCUAUUCCGGAGGGGCCUCUCUCAUUCCCUCGAUGUCGACGAUCUUUUCGUUCUCGACAAGCAACUAUCUUCGAAGCACCUACAUUCAGCUCUGGAAUUAGCUUGGGAUAGAGUUUCCCAGAAAGAACCAAAUACCCUCCUCGUUUGCACACUGAAAACGUUCAAAUGGCAGAUUUGCGCAGCCAUUCCCUAUCGAGCCUUCCUCGUCGCUCUGAACAUUUGUCAACCUUUAUUGUUACAUAGAUCGCUGUCUUUCUCCACGGAGCCGGUCAACAGUACGACAACCAAUAUUGGAUAUGGAUUAAUUGGAGCAUAUAUUCUUGUAUAUACAGGAUUAGGGAUUACCAUGGGGCAGCAACAACAUAUGACAUACCGCGCAAUAACAAUGGUCAGAGGGGGUGUAGUAUCGAUGGUCUACAGAAAGGCGUGUACAUUGAAUCUCAAGGAUGCCGACCCGGCUGAGGCGGUUACCCUCAUGAGCGCAGAUAUCGAACGGAUUGCCCAGGGCUGGCAGACCAUGCAUGAGAUAUGGGCGAACGUUGCAGAAAUAGCACUGGCGGUUUUUCUUCUGGAAAGACAAUUGGGCGUCGCGUGCGUGGUUCCAGUGGGGGUCACAAUUGUGGCUCUAAUGGGAUGCUCGGUCUGUAUGCCCUUGGUGGCAGCGAGGCAAGCGAUGUGGCUUGAAGCUAUUGAAAGGCGUAUCUCUGCUACAUCAUCGAUGCUCGGCUCCAUGAAGGGUAUCAAAAUGCUCGGUCUUCAAUCUUCUCUCAUGAGGCUUGUCCACGGCCUACGAAUUGAUGAGCUCGAGAUCUCGAAGCGGUUCAGGAAGCUUUUGGUUUGGAACAUGGCUUUUGCCUGGAUAACUCGAUUGUUCGGACCCAUGGCCGCGUUCGGAGCCUUUGUAGGUAUUGCGCAUAGCCGAGGCAACGACGCGGCCUUGGAUACAUCGACCGUCUACACUGCGCUUUCCCUCUUCUCUCUGUUAGCAGAUCCACUCAUGUCACUCGUUAUGGCAUUGAUGGCUUUUGCUGGGUCUGUUGGUUCGUUCGCAAGAAUUCAGACCUUUCUCGAGAAGGAAAGCCACGUUGACCCAAGGAACAAAAUUUCAGUGCAGCCAUUGAACCCUUUGAAGAUGUCCAAACAGCUCGCUAUUAUUGCUCAAUCAGAAAUGACACCCAGCGAAUCAAGCUCAUCACAGUUUUCCAAAGGCUCAACGUCCUCGCUUCCACACCAUAUGAUCACAGUUCAGAACGGCUCAUUUGGAUGGAAUACCGACGAAGAUCCCUCCGUGAAAAACGUGAAUAUGGCUCUACCAUCUGGAACUAUCACGAUGCUGGUCGGCCCAUCUGGCUGUGGAAAAUCGACGUUGCUAAAGGCAAUCCUUGGAGAAGUCCCCUGCCAGGAUGGGACUAUACAAUUGACAACAGGGGGCGUGGCCUACUGUGACCAGACAGCCUGGCAUAUGAAUGCGUCGAUCCGGGAUUGCAUUGUCGCCAUGUCUGACUUUGAUCAAUCAUGGUACACGACCGUCAUAAGCGCCUGCGCUUUGGCUGAAGACUUUGCACAAUUACCUCGUGGAGAUAAAACCAUCAUUGGGAGCAAAGGAAUUUCCCUCAGCGGUGGUCAGAGUCAACGCAUUGCAAUUGCAAGAGCAGUAUAUGCCAGAAAGGAGCUAGUCAUCUUUGACGACGUCUUCAGCGGACUUGACACGGAGACAGAAAACCAUAUUUUUCACCACUUACUAGGUGAUCAUGGUCUCUUCCGCUCGUUGAAUUCGACAGUAUUGUUUGCCUCUUCUUCAGUCAAGCGAGUUCCUCUUGUGGACCACGUCAUUGCCCUCGACAAGCACGGAUACGUCGCCGAACAGGGAACUUUCUCUGCUCUUAACGUGGCUGGAGGUUAUAUUUCGAGUUUCUCGUUGAAGCGUCCCGAUGCGGAUACCAAGUUGAUCACAACUCAGAAGGCUGAGACGAUUGAUGUGCAGGCUUACCCAGGUGACAAAGGCUCUGAUACGGAUUUUGAUAAUUACAGAGGAAACGGUGACAUGUCCAUCUACUUAUACUAUAUCCAAUCCGUUGGGUGGCUCCCGACAUUGUUUUUUGCCAUGGCGGUUACUGGUUUCGUGUUCACCAUCUCUUUUCCCAGUAUUUGGGUCAAAUGGUGGGCAGCAUCGAAUGAAGCCAGUCCAGGCAAGCACACGGGAUAUUACCUUGGGAUAUACGCGAUGCUUGGCGUGGUGGGGAUGUUUUGUAUCGUUGCGGGUGCAUGGCAAAUGAUCAUCAGAAUGGUGCCAAAGUCCGGUGAGGUCUUUCAUAGGAAGAUAUUGAGCACUGUCUUGAGUGCGCCCAUGCUGUUCUUUUCCACGACAGACAGCGGCUCCAUCCUGAACAGGUUCAGCCAGGACUUGCAGCUCAUUGACAUGGAACUUCCCAUUGCUGUUAUAAACACAUUCUCCAUCCUCAUGCUCUGCCUCUUCUCAAUGAUCUUCAUGGGCAUCGCCUCAAAAUAUGCGGCUGUCUCCUUUCCCAUUGUUUUGAUGAUCAUCUACAUCAUCCAGAAGAUAUACCUUCGGACCUCGAGGCAGCUACGAUUCUUGGAUCUUGAAGCAAAAGCCCCGCUCUAUUCCCACUUCACCGACUCCCUCAGCGGCUUGGCCAGUAUACGAGCAUUUAGAUGGCAACAUUCACUGCAAGAGAAGCACUACCAACUUCUUGAUCGCUCUCAACGGCCUUUUUACCUUCUCUAUGCCGUUCAGCGAUGGCUCACACUCACUCUGGAUCUCGUUGUUGCUGGUGUCGCGGUAUUGCUCGUUAUCCUAGUGGUGGUUCUUCGGGGACAGAUUAGUGCAGGCUAUGUCGGAGUGGCGCUGCUGAACGUCAUCAUGUUCAGCCAGAGUAUCAAGCUUCUCGUAACAUUCUGGACUAACCUUGAAACACACAUCGGCUCCAUACUACGCGUCAAGAGCUUCACCGAGACUGUUCAGUCUGAGGAUCAGCCGGCUGAACGCGAUUCGGUUCCGCCAGGUUGGCCAGUUGGAGGAGAUAUCGAGUUUCGGUCCUUGUAUGCGGGGUAUAGGGAUUCGGAACCCAUUCUCAAUGACAUAACUCUAUCCAUCAAGGCAGGCGAGAAAAUAGGUAUCUGCGGCAGGACAGGAAGCGGGAAGACUUCCCUCGUCAUGGCCCUUUUUCGAAUGAUAGACAUCCAAAGCGGCAGCCUCACAAUUGACGGUCUCGACCUCACUCGACUCCCCCGCGAAGAGAUCCGCUCCCGCCUCAACGGCGUGUCCCAAAGCCCGCUCCUAAUCAAAGGAAGUGUGAGGCUAAACGCCAAUCCAACCGCUACCGUCAGCAUCGGCACAAACACGGUGUCUGAUCAAAAGAUUCUCGAUGCUCUCCGAUCCGUCAAUCUCCACAACAAAGUCCUCGAGAACGGCGGACUGGGCGCCGACAUCGACGACCUGCAUCUCUCGCACGGCCAGAAGCAGCUCUUCUGUCUAGCUAGGGCAAUACUCAGACCUGGGAAUAUCCUUGUGCUGGAUGAGGCUACGAGCAACGUCGACUCCAAAACCGACGAAGUGAUGCAACGCGUCAUUCGCGAACGAUUCAGCUCGCAUACCAUCCUUACCGUCGCACACAAGCUUGAGUCCAUCCUUGACUACGAUCAAGUCAUUGUCCUUGACGAGGGGCGGAUCAUCGAAGCCGGCGUCCCGUACGAUCUUCUAGCAGAGGGUGGUUCGCACUUCAGUAGACUUUAUUACGCUGGACUUGGUUCGGAUGGGGCGGAGAGUGGCCGCGAAGAGUAG